CUAGGGGGUGGUGGAGGAGGCUUUGGGCUGGGUGGAGGUGGAGGAGGUGGCGGUGCAAUGAUGGCCAGCCCUGCUUUUUCCAUGGGCCGUACCAUGGCCGCCGGGGGGAUGAGUGCAGGGGCUUCCCUGCUUGCGGUUAGCUCCGCCCAGGCUGGUGGGCUGGCCUUGGCCCCGCUCCUCACCCGCGCCGCGGAGAAACACACGCUCUCUGGCCUCAACGAGCGCUUUGCGGGCUACAUCACCAAGGUGAGGCAGCUCCAUCAGGAGAACGCCGCUCUAGAGGCCCAGCUGGCCCAGCUCACCGGCGGGGCGGACGUGGCACAUGAGGGCUCCGGGGCGGUCACCACGGCGGGGUACGAGAGCCAGCUGGUGGAGUACAGGGGGAAGCUGGAGAGCCUGUCCUUGGACACCAUCAGGCUGGAGGUAGUACUGGACGGCAUCCGGGGAACGGCCCACGAACUGAAGGCCAAAUAUGAUUUUGAGCAGGGUGUGAGGUUUCAGCUUGAAGCAGAUAUUGCAGCAAUGAAAAGGGACAUUGAUAUGGCCUCCGACGUAAGUGUUGAACUGCAUGCCACACACUCCAGCUUGAAGGAAGAUCUGGACUUUGUCACCAAGAAUCAGGAUGAGGAGUUGUUCAGCCUGCAGUCCAAGCUGGGAACCUCGUCCACGGACACGUCAGUCUCCAUGAUCCAGGUGGACACGGGCAAGUCCUUUGACGUGGCGGCCGCCCUCAACAAGAUGAGGAUGGAGCAUGAGGACUGUGUGAGACAACACAGACAGGAAGCUGACGCCUACUACAAACUCAAGAUGGAUGAGGUACAGGCUGCCACAGCCAGCAGCUCCCAGGCCCUGUCGGCCAACAAGGCAGAGAUCUCCUCAAGCAGGAAGGAGCUGCAGGCCCUCAGUCUGGAGCUACAGAGCUUUGUCAAUGCUAGCCUGACCCUGGAGCACAGCCUGGCUGAGGCCCAUGCCCAUGCCUCGGGGGCCGUGUCUGAGUACCAGGCUCAGAUCGUCAGCUUGGAGGCCGCCAUCGAGGUUGCCAAGGGUGACCUGCACAAGCAGAUCCUUGGUUACCAGGAGCUGCUGGACGUCAAGCUGGCGCUGGACGCAGAGAUCUCCACCUACAGGACACUGAUGGAUGGAGGCGACAUCAGCUUCCCCGUCCAGAACUUUAGCUCCUCCUCCAUCUUCCUGUCCAGCUCACCUGGCCCCUCCUCCCACUUCAAAUCCCCUCCCCCUUCCGUCAGAAGCCCCUCCCCCGCCAUCACGGCCAAGGCAGAGGAGAAUGUGUCUGUGAGCAUGUCCUUCUCAGAGACCUCCUACUCUUACACAGUGAUGGAGGAGGUCAUUGAGUCAGAGACUAAAGAAGUUGUCACAGAUGCCAGAUCUGAGACUACAACAAUGACGUCUGAUGCAGAAUCUGAGUCUUAACGAUCGGAGCUCCACGUUCCAACCGUGUAGGAUUUCACCUCCUGCUAAUAAACAUGACUGCAUCUAACCAAACC